AUGGGAAACAAUGGAAUGGAAUAUAUCAGGCUGGGGAAGUCAGGCCUCAAGGUGUCUAAGAUUGUGCUUGGUUGUAUGACAUAUGGCGAUCCAAAUUGGCAGCCCUGGAUCAUGGAUGAAGCCGCCGCGCUCCCACUGAUUAAGCACGCCUACGAUCGCGGUAUCAACACCUGGGACGUUGCGGACACUUAUUCAAAUGGACGUUCCGAGGAAAUCCUUGGAGUCGCAUUGAAGAAGUAUAACAUUCCGAGAUCCAAAGUUGUUAUUAUGACGAAAUGCUUUCAUGAGGUGGACGAGUCACGGGGUCCACUGGACGCCGCUGGUUUUGGCACCAAUGACGGUGUGAGGGUUAAUCAGGUUGGCCUUUCACGAAAGCAUAUCUUUGAUGCCGUCGAGCGAAGUGUGGAGCGACUAGGCACCUACAUCGAUGUGUUACAAAUCCACCGUCUUGACCGAAACACCGAUAUGGAAGAGAUCAUGCGAGCUUUGAAUGAUGUGAUUGUAACUGGGAAAGUGCGUUAUAUCGGGGCAAGUUCAAUGGCUGCUUGGGAGUUUCAGAUGCUCCAAAAUAUAGCUGAGAAACACGGCUGGCACAGAUUCAUCUCUAUGCAAGGAUUUUACAAUCUGCUAUACCGAGAGGAAGAACGUGAAAUAUUCCCUUACUGCGCUGCCACUGGCGUCGGCCUCCUUCCCUGGUCGCCCCUCGCGGCUGGUGUCUUGGCUCACAGUUGGACGGAUCGUUCGGACAAACGCGAGCAGCAAGAUGUUUUUCUCAAGGCUCUCUUCAGGAGCAGUGAGGACAAGUCCGCAGAAGAGAUCGUUCAUCGUGUCAGUGUCCUUGCCCAUGAAAAGGGGAUAAGCAUGGCCCAGGUGGCCACAGCAUGGGUGCUCUCUAAGGAAGGCACAGCACCUAUCCUGGGCCUUGAUUCUGUUGAGAGGAUUGACCAAGCUGUUGAAGCAAUCAAUAUUAAGUUAACAGCAGAGGAAAUUGCUUUUCUUGAAAAGCCCUAUCUCCCCAAAUCGGCCAUGACAUUUUAA